AUGGCAGGUCGCUUUGUCCGUUCCUCCAAGUAUCGGCACGUGUUCGGCCGUCCCACUCGAAAGGAACAAUGUUAUGACAAUGUCAGAGUGUCCAAAAAUGCUUUCGAUACCAACUUGAUCAAGGCCAACCCCGAAUACAUCUCGGUCAAUUGGGACAGCAGUGGUGGCGGAGCGUUCGCAGUUAUUCCUACGAGUGAACGAGGUCGUUUGCCAGAAAGGAUACCGCUUUUCCGAGGACAUACCGCGGUUGUGCUGGACACAGACUGGAACCCUUUCCACGAUGACUUGAUUGCAUCGGGGUCUGAUGACGGCAAGGUCUUCCUUUGGAGGGUACCGGAGGAUUUCACACUCCAUCUGGAUGUUCCGGUAGAUGAGGUCAAGGAUAUUGGUCCAGUCGGCAAGCUGAGUGGCCAUCCCAAAAAAGUCGGACACGUCCUAUUCAACCCAGCCGCCGAAAACGUUCUCGCAUCCGCCGCUGGAGACUUCACGAUCAAGCUUUGGGACAUCGAGGCCGGGUCAUCCAAGCUAUCACUGAAAGUAGGCGACGUCAUCCAGUCCAUGUCAUGGAGCGCCAAUGGCUCACUACUCGUCACCACAUCGCGGGAUAAGAAACUGAGGAUAUGGGACACAAGACAAGAGAAGCCCGCUCAUGAAGUGGCAGGUCAUGCUGGUGCCAAGAAUAGCAGAGCGGUGUGGAUGGGUGAGCACGACAGAGUAGCAACCACCGGGUUCUCACGCAUGAGUGAUCGACAACUGGCGCUUUGGGACAUCCGAACUCCUCAACAACCCGUGGACGGCUUCCAGAUGCUUGACUCGAUAUCUGGAGUAUGUAUGCCUUUCUGGGACGAUGGCACACAAUGUCUGUACCUAGCCGGAAAAGGUGAUGGCAACAUCCGAUACUACGAAUACGAGCACGACAAGUUCGAGUAUCUGUCAGAAUACAAGUCUGCAGACCCACAGCGAGGGGUAGCCUUUGUGCCCAAGAGGGGAGUCAACAUGCACGAGAACGAAGUGAUGCGAGCCUACAAGACAGUGAACGACAGCUAUAUCGAGCCCAUCUCAUUCAUUGUGCCGCGGAGGGCAGAGAGCUUCCAGGAGGAUAUCUACCCACCUACUGUGGGCCUGAAGGCAGCUGUGAGCAGCAAGGAAUGGUUCGAAGGUGCUGAAGGUCUUCCGCCCAAGAUCUCGUUAGAGAGCAUAUAUGACGGCCAGGGGAUAAAGGAGGUGCCAUCUGAUGCGCCGAAGCCCGCAACCAAGGCUCCAGAGCCAAUCAAGGUCGCCGAGCCGAAGAAAGAAGUCCUUGAAUCAACUCCCGAACCGACACCGACGACAGCACUACGGUCUCCGCCGCCGCCAAUGAAAGAGCAAGGGGCCACGAUGAUGGCAGCGGCCACCAAAUUCCAAGAUAGCGAGCCUGUCGAGGAAGAUGAAGAUGACGGCUCAAGCUUCGAGGAAGUGCAAAAGCCCGUGGAGAGGACGUCUGCAACGAAGCCAGCUGUGGCAGAAGAAGCGAGAGAGGAGACCGCUUCAGCUACAAAGGCUGUGCAAGAUGUGGAGGCGUCCGAGCCGCAGCCAGCUGUUAUACCCAAGCCUACCGAAGCAGAAGUUUCGUCGCCAAAGACUGUGGACGAAGAGCCAGUCGCGGAGACGGGCGCCACUUCAGUAGAAUCAUCGGAAAGAGAGAUCAAAAACCUGAAAGCCAUGAUGGCUCAACAAUCACGGCAAAUCAGUAGUUUGACCAAGACGGUGACAGAACUGGUGGCCGAAGUGAAAGCCUUGAAAGCAUCAUAG